AUGAAGCUGAUUCUGGUUCUCAUUGUUCUGCUCUUUGAGGUACCCACAGAGGGGGCACGACCCAAAAAAUGCUUUAAUAAUAUAGCAGGCUACUGCAAGAAGAAAUGCGAAAUGGGGGAAAUAUAUGAAGUAUCGUGUCUAAAUGGAAAAUUAUGUUGUGUGAAUGAAGAACUAAACAGAAGAUACCUGGAAGCCCACAAGCAACCUCAACCUACAAAACAGUCUGAGAAAUUUACAGAUUAUCUUGUUUUACCCACUGUCACACUUGUGACAGUCCAGCCAUAA